UGUCUUUUGUCCUAUCUUGCAUAACAGAGCAAGUUUUAUGAGUACAAAUAACAAUCAGUUACAAAAUGUGUACACAUACAUGUGUCUAGCACAUCGAGUGCUUCGUAAGACACGUCCAUUAUGGUUAGCUGUUGGCCAGAACUACACAAAAUCCCACGGUCGACGAGAUUAAAAUUCCAUCUAGGGACCGAAUAUCAAGAGCAUGCUUUUAUGGGAGAAGAGAGGCAUUUCUUUCCAAAAAAUCAUCGCAAUCUGGAAGAGGCAUCCUAUUGUACUAAUACGGCCUGUGAAAAAAUGGCAGCCAUAGACAAGGGACAGGUCAGGUUCAGUGGACACACGAUGGAUAAAGCCAUAAAAGCCAAAGUUCACCUGGAAACAUACUAUUCUAACCUCAUUUCUCAACAUCGUGAAAGGAAAAACAGGCAUGAAAAAUUAGAAGAGAUAAUGAAAAUGGAGGAGCUAACUGAGCAAGAGAAACAAGAAAAGAGGAUCCAACAUGCCAUUAAAGAAACAAAAUUUCUGAGAUUGAAAAGAUCAAGACUGGGAAUAGAAGAUUUUGAGCCCUUAAAAGUGAUUGGACGAGGGGGUUUUGGAGAGGUUCGUCUCGUUCAGAAGAAAGAUACCGGGCAUGUUUAUGCCAUGAAAAUUCUUAGAAAAGUGGAUAUGUUAGAAAAGGAGCAGGUUGGUCAUGUAAGAGCAGAGAGAGAUAUUUUAGUAGAGGCUGAUCAUGAGUGGAUUGUGAAGAUGUAUUAUAGUUUUCAAGAUGCUAUAAAUUUGUAUCUGAUAAUGGAGUUUCUUCCAGGAGGAGAUUUAAUGACUCUUUUGAUGAAGAAAGACACUCUGUCAGAAGAAGAAACCCAGUUCUAUAUAGCAGAAACAGCAUUAGCUAUUAAUUCCAUCCACACAUUGGGCUUUAUUCAUAGAGAUAUAAAGCCUGACAACAUACUAUUUGAUGCCAGAGGUCACAUAAAAUUAUCAGAUUUUGGAUUAUGUACAGGACUGAAAAAAUCUCAUGGAACAGAUUUCUAUAGGAACUUAUCCCAAGUAAAACCGAGUGAUUUUACUUCCAAUCCUAUGGAAUCUAAAAGAAAAGCAGAAAGCUGGAAAAAGAACAGAAGGCAGCUGGCAUAUUCAACUGUUGGAACACCAGACUAUAUUGCACCUGAAGUUUUUAUUAAAACUGGAUAUACUAGUGCUUGUGAUUGGUGGUCUCUUGGUGUCAUCAUGUAUGAGAUGUUAAUUGGAUAUCCUCCAUUUUGUUCUGAAACACGUGAAGAAACUUUCAUGAAAGUGAUAAACUUUAAAGAAACCUUAGUGUUUCCUCCUGAAAUACCAAUCUCCAGUGAAGCAAUGGACUUAAUUCAGAGGUUCUGUAGUGAAGUGGAAACAAGAAUUGGUCUCAAUGGAGAUGUUGAAGAGAUACUACAACACCCGUUUUUCAGCGAUGUUGACUGGGAACAUAUUCGAGAAAGACCCGCUGCCAUACCAUUAGAAGUCAAAAGUAUAGAUGACACUUCGAAUUUUGAUGAUUUUCCAGAUGUAGACUUGAAGAUUGCACCAUCAUCCAAGAAUAAACAGCCAGGCUAUAAAGAUUGGAUAUUCAUCAAUUAUACUUUCAAGAGGUUUGAAGGCCUAACACAGUGGGGAAAAGGAACAGGAUAAAGUCAAAGAUGGCUUUUGGGAAAGAUACUACAACAUACAAAAUUUUGCAAAGUGACAUGAAUGUUUUUAAUAUGAAAACAGUAAAUAGGCACUAGUUCAUUAAUAGAUAUAUUUUUUCUAUUGAUAAUGUUCUGCUAAAUAUCACCAUCUAUCGCUUAGUGUUUUGAGGGCUUUGGUGACAGGACAUAUAGUUACAUGUUACUAGUUUUAUUUAUUUCAUGUCCGUAUUAGGUGCAAGAGUAUGACACAAGUAAGAAAUUUUACUUUAUUUUCAUAAAAAAUUUUGUGUAUAUUAGAUUUCUACUGCCAAAGACUACCAUUUAACAAUCAGCAACUAGGUGUACUUGGGUACAGAAAAUCAGCAAAUUAUGUACAGAAAAAUGUUAUUUUCUCUCAGGGUGCUGGUUAGGCAUGUUUCUAUGAACACAAAUGUAUUAAAGGAAUAAAGCCAACAUUAAUAGUAUCCAAUAAUUAUCUAAAAAAUAAGACUAGUCUCAAAAUACAAUAAAAAUUGUUUUUCUGAAUAAUUGUACUGUAUAAAGAUAACAUACUGUGAGACUGUGAACAGUUUAAUACACUCUACAUGUUUCCAUGACUUGAAACGUCAUAAUAAUGUUUUUUUUUAUUGGUAUGGUGUAGGGCAAGUAGAUCAUACUUAUUUUUUCCUUAAAGUGGAGUGAGAAGAUCCUAAAGGUGGCAUUUAACUAUAGUGUUUGAAGACUAUAAAAAAAAGUAAAUCAUAAAAAUAUUGUAAGUACAUUUACUAUGAUUUAUUUCUUUUAAUAACAUUUUCUUACCAAAAUAGUUGAAUUGAAUAUUUUGUUAUCAUGCAGGAAUUUUAAACGUUAUGAAAGGGUUUGAAGGCAUUGUUCAUUGUGAUUAACAUUUUUUACACUUUUGAUAAGUUAGUACUAAUAAUAAAAAGGAAAGUCUAGCUUUAUGUAUAAGAAUUUUACACCUUUUUCAAUUAAUCUAGAGCCAUCUUGAAACUGAAUAUCCCACUGUGUAUAUUUAUUGAUAAAAACAUAAGUCUUAUAACUAACUGUGGAUUCAUUUACCAAGUAUAAAAAGUACCCAGUGUAUAGUUGAGAUUAUGUUAGACAAAAUUGUUAUAGUUUAGAGUGUUUGCAAUAGAGUAACUUAUUAUUAGCAGCUUAAAUCAAUUUUUCAAACAAAUGCUAACAGUAAAAGUAAUUACUUUUCUGUUCAUAUAGGAAUAAAGCGAUUUGGAGUGUUUAAUAAAUUGAGGUUGUGAAAUAUUUAAACUCAUAAAUAUGUAAUUAAGGUGUAAUUAUAUGUCAUCGUCUUUUAAAUAUUACUUAUAAAUCCUUAUUUCUUAAAUAAUAUAAAACAAAAUCAAAGAAAGGGCUGUGGCUCGUGAUAUUAAAAAAAACAAAGAACGUGAAACUUGUACUGAAGAAAAAUCAUGUUUGCAAUUAGAAACUAUUAGCCUAAAAUCAAGUAUAAAUUUAAUUUUUAGUACUUCAGUCGAUAUUGUAAAUUUGAAUUUUAUGACCAGCCGUCUUUAUCGUCAUUUGUUGAGCAAAUCCUUGUUAUUAAGUUUUUCUGUUGGAUAUAGGAUGCAUGGAAUGUAUACUUACUGUCUUGUAGAAAAAAGCUAUCUUUUCUAACUUGUUUUAAAGGGAAAAUAUCUUUGAUAUUUUGCGCAAAGCUACACGAGGGCUAUCUGCGCUAGCCGUCCCUAAUUUAGUACUGUAAGACUAGAGGGAAGGCAGCUAGUUAUCACCACCCACCGCCAACUCUUGGACUACUCU